CGUUCCAGACCGCCAGCCUUAUAUCUUGGAUUCCGAUGGCGGCACCAUUCGCUCGCGCAGUACGCGCAACACUCUCGCUCGGAGGCGCCGCGCAAUGCGCCUGUCGUCGCGCCUCGCGGCCGCAGAUGCGAUGUCUGAGCAGCACACCCAGCUUUCUCUCAGGCCACUCGAAAUGGUCGAGUAUCAAGCACGACAAGGCCAAAAAUGACGCCGGCAAGAGCAAGCAGCGCUCGCUCAUGACCCGCGACAUCACCAUCGCCGUGAAGCUCGGCGGCCCCAACCCAGACCUGAACCCCCGCCUCCACCUCUGCAUCUCGACGGCCAAGAAAAGCGCUGUCCCGAAGGCCUCAAUCGAAGCCGCGAUAGCGCGCGGCCAGGGUCUCUCAACCACCGGCGCCGCGCUCGAAAACCUCACACUCGAAGCCAUCCUGCCGCCCUCGGUCGCCACAAUCAUCGAGUGCCAGACCGACAACAAGCUGCGCGUGCUCGCCGAGCUGCGCCUGAUUGUGAAGGAAGCCGGCGGGCAGGUGUCGACCGUGGGCUUCAUGUUCGAGAAAAAAGGCCGCAUCAUCCUGGCGAAGAAAGACAACUUCGGCGCCGACGACGUGCUGGAGCCCGCGCUCGAGGCGGGCGCGCUCGACAUCUUCGAGGACGCCGAGGGCCGCGUCGUGCUCUUCACGGAGCCCGCGCACACCAACAAGAUCGCAGACCUGCUGGCGAAGCAGCACGGGUUGGACGUCGAGGAGAGCGAGAUCAUCUACGACCCCAACGAGGACACCAAGGUGCCGCUGGACGACGAGGGCGCGGCCAAGGAGCUGAACGAGCGCUUUCUGGAUAAGCUGCAGGACGUGCAGGGGAUACAGGGCGUGUACGUCAACUGGAGCAAGGGCGCCAUCUCGGACGAUCUGUGGGAGGAGCUGUCUGGAAAAGUCAAUGUUUGAUCAUGAUAUCAUCAAAC